AUGAAAGAAGAUCGGGCGAAUAAACGCGUGCAAGUCUUUGAUUUAGAGAAGUAUUUGGGCAAGAUGUUACAAAUUUCCUUUUUUGGCGGUAUUCAGAUCUGUGGUCGUUUGACUGGCUACGACCAGAUACUUAAUAUGGUACUAGAAGAGGCCAAAAUGACAAAGAUAGCAGAAACAGACUGUGCAGAAGUAUCUAGUUUAUGUCAGGAGAAAGAAGCGACUAUUAUGUGUAAGGGCUCGUCAAUCUGUUCCAUUGAUUUGUUAGAAGGGUAA